AUGGGUUCCCUGCAAGCACCCCCUCGAGCCAUCAUCUUCGACCUGGGCGACGUCCUCUUCACCUGGUCCGCCAAUACCAAGACCACCAUCCCAGCUCGCAAACUGAAAGACAUUCUCUCGACGCCCGUCUGGCACAGCUACGAGCGCGGCGAGAUCACCCGGGACGUCUGCUACGAGCAAAGUGCCCAGCAAUUCUGCAUCCCGGCUUCUGAGAUCGCCGAGGCGUUUACGCAGGCGCACGAGUCUCUGCAGCCUGACGAUGCCAUCGUCUCACUCCUCCACGAGCUGAGAAAGGAUCCUGCCGUUCAGGUGUAUGCCAUGUCCAAUGUGGGCAAAGAGGACUUCGAACAGCUUGCCGCAAAAAUGGACUGGCAGCUUUUCGACCGAGUGUUUACCUCGGGGGCGGCAGGGACGCGGAAGCCUGAGUCGGGGUUCUACCGUCAUGUUCUCGACUGCAUUGGCCUAACAGGUAGCCAGGUCGUGUUCGUUGACGAUAAGAAGGAGAAUGUGCGUGCGGCACAGGGAUUGGGCAUCCAGGGGCUCGUUUUCGGAGAGUCGACAGCUCAGACGCUGCGCGGGAUGUUUGACAGUCCGGUCGCCAGGGGCUGGAGAUAUCUCUUCCAGAACGCGAAGCAGUGUGACUCAAUCACGGACACUGGAGUCACGUUUGCAGAUAAUUUCGCAAAAUUGCUAAUUGUAGAUGCGUUGAAAGACCACACCCUCGUUGAUCUCAGUUGGGAAUCUAAGAAGACUUGGAACUUCUUCGCUGGUGCUCCAGGAGAAGCCGCGCUCAUCCCCGGGGGUUUCUUCCCAGAUGAUCUCGACACCACAUCCCUCGCUCUCCAAGUUUUCCGACCGUCGUGUACCCAAACCGUCUCGGCCAUCCUCGACACCAUGGCCGAGUAUGUCCAAGACGACGGGACCUUCCAGACCUACUUCGACCGCACCCGCCCCCGCACCGACCCCAUCGUCAGCGCCAACAUCCUCUGCUGCUUCUACGCCUUCCACCGCGGGGCCUCCUUCCCGCGCACCCUGCAGCUGAUCCGCGCCCUCCUCGCCUCCCGCUCCUACCUGCACGGCACGCGGUACUACCCCUCGCCCGACUGCUGCCUCGGCCUCGUCGCGCGGCUGCUGCGCGCAUCGCCGCGCGACGCCCACCUGCAGGCCGCGCUGGCGCCGCUCCUGGAGUCGCGCGUCCGCGAGCGGGUCGGGCUCGGCGGCAGCAGCAGCGCGCUGGACCUCGCGAUGCGCGUCGCGGCGUGUGCGCAGGUGGGGGUCGGGUGCGAGGGGGACCGCGCCGCGCUGCUGGGGCGGCAGCGCGAGGAUGGCGGGUGGGAGGGGGGCUGGAUGUAUCAGUAUGGGUCGACGAGGGUGCGGGUGGGCAAUCGGGGGGUUACGACGGCGAUGGCGGUUUUUGCGCUUUCGGUGGCGGGGGGUGGGGAGAGGGGUGUUGGUGAGGGUGAGGGUUUGGGUUUGGGUGGGAGGAAGUGAAAAAGGGGGUAGGUAGAGGGCAAGAGAUUUUUGAAUGCGUUCAAGAGUGAUGUUAUGCCUAUGCGAUUACUGAGGUAGGUGCUUGUGCUGGGUAGGAUAGAGGCAGUAUACAUUUAUCAUUCUCAGUCCUUUUGCUUGUUCAUUGCUAUGCUUAGAAAUACGAUAUAUCUAUACCUAUCUCAACUACAGUCUGAGAGUGUUCUCACUUGAGGUAGUAGGUAGUGUGGAC